AUGGAGAAUCUUGAGGAAUUACAACUAAAAGUGGAAGAGUUACUUUAUAAAAACGAUGUGGAUGUGUUUUUGACAGCGGCCGAGAAGUUAAAGUAUGAAAAGAUCGAAGAAUUGAAGGAAAAGUCGAGGGGUCAAGUCAUAAAUUUUAUAGUACGGAGAUGGCUUCAAGAAACUGUCGAAGGAAUUGAAAGCCCGACGGCGAAAAAUCAACUUUUGAACGAUGUCUUUUUAACGCUUGGUGGCUCUCCUGAAUUAUCGCCAGUAAAUGAGAAAGAAGGAGAAUUGUCAAAGUUGCAACAGGAAUAUGAACAGUUAAAAAUGCCAACAAGAGAAACAAUUGUUAGAAAUGCAAGGGAAGAUAGAUAA